GGGGCGGUGGCAGCAGGUGGGUUCAGGCACAAAGGCUGAAGUGAUCGCUGUUCCUGGGCGUUUCAAAAACGAUGGAGACGUGGCCCUGAGGGACGUGGUGAGUGGGCACGGUGGGGCUUGGCCAACAGUCGGACUACAUGAUCUUAGCGGUCUUUUCCAACCUUAGCGAGUCUACGAUUCUACGAAACAAGUGGCUCCCAGCUGUCUGUCAGCCUGUCCACCCCCGCUACUGCCCUCGUGGGGCCAUGGGCACGAGCGGCUCAUCUGAGUAGUGCUGCAGCUCUGAGGAACGUACAGCUGCCAAAGCCAGGGUGCACCAGGGUGGUCCUUCUGUCCCUGCAGCCUCUUUGGUGAGGGAAGGCAUUGUGCGCACAUCUCUGGCCAGAUGCUGUCUGCUUGCUGCUGCAGGUGGGAGCUGGAUCCUGGGCUGCAUGUCAGUGCUGGCUGCUGUUGAAGUUUAUCCUGCCCUUGGCUCCAGCCUCAGGCACCAGCACCCUCUGCAGUCGGCUGCAGGCAGCAGAACUCCCUGGAGGUGUCGGGGCACUGAGAUCAGAGCACGUGGUUUUGAUCAGCAUCUCCCAGGCUCUGCUGAGCAGAAACCCUUGCCAGCAGCCUCUGCACGACCAGGUCUGAGAAUCAGCCAGCACCCAGACCCAGCGUGCCAAAGGGUGCAGCACCAGCACAAUUUGAUCACGCAGAUGUCUGGACCAAACUCAGAAGCCCACACUCAGUGUUAAACAUGCCCAUUUCUCCCAGUGUUUUCCAACAAGGAAGACCCAGGGGCAGCUAGCACAGGCCACCCCAGUCUAACAACAUCCAGGCUUCUCCAAAACUCUGCUGCAUUACUUGCUUGUUGGCACUUCCUUGUUUUUCACCACACUUCUUAGUGCUUUGUAGAUCCACUCAAGCCAAUUGAUGUAGGCAGACACCAGCCUGUCCCCAGUGCCAGCAUGAAAGAAGAAAUUUACUGUCUGUCCUAUCCAGGCAGAUGCUGUCCUGAUGCUGAGGUUUUUAAUAACAAGUGGUAUGAAUCUCUUUUAAGGAAAAGCAGAAAAUACUCUGUGCUGCAGCACCACAGCGACGAGGGUGGGGGAUUGGGGUAAAUACCUUCAGUUCUGUGCUUUGUCCAUAAGCUGAACCCUAUCCUGCUUUGGGGAUUCUACCAUUACUCUGAAUAUCCCUGGUUUGGGAUCAAGGCAGAGGAAAGUUGAUAGAUUCUACUUGAUCUUCUGCACCUGCUGCUGACCUCAGCCUGGUCAAUGGCUGCUUCAAGGCACUCUCCUUCAAUACUUCAUUUCUUGGUUGUUUUUUUUUUUUCUCCCUAGUGCCUUAAGUUACCAAGCCUUCUUCUUUUCCCAAUGAAGGAUUCAUUUACACCCUGACUUUCUGAUCUAAGCAGCCAUGACACGUGUUUUGGAUCCUCUCCAAAGGCACAGGAAGGAGAGACACGAGCGCCCCCAAAAAUUCCUAGCUGCUUUACAUCCCUUUCCUAUUGCAUCAGAGGAAAGCAAUCCUUUGGAGGGGUUUUUCCCUCUUAAAGCUGUGCUGCUGCCCAGCCGAUGCUCCCACACCACAUCAGCCUCAUCUAUAUAAAAGGAGGAACACCCGACAGCGAGGGACGGUGCUGUUUAUUGCUGUAGCAGGCUGAGCACUGACUUCCAGAAAGGAUGAGCGGAAAAUCCAGGCAACUAGAUAGGAAAUGCAGCAGUCAGUGCAGCACGGCCUGUGGGAGGAGCUCUCUAGAUGUUUUUCUCAAUCCCUUGUAGCUCAGUAGCAUUGUGCUCCUGUCCCUUUGCUUGUCCCUUUGCCUGGCCACCAGCAGCAGGGGCAGAUGGCUUUCUACCUCUGCGGCUGAACACCUCCAGGGAUUUUUCAAACCUUUCAGAUGCCUUCUUCCACCGUGCCAUUUUUCUCUCUUGUUCUUUCACAAAUUGCUGCUUCAGCUGUUGGUGGUAACGUUCAAUCUUCUUUUUGUCCUCUUCCAAGUGCUUUACCUUUAAGAAAGCAAAUGUAAGACCUUAUACCUGCUAUCCUAACUUCAACAUAAAGAUCUCCAAAGUGAUGCUCAUCUCUGUGAAAGAAGGCAUCCUGCCAGGUCCCUCCCUGCCAUGAAGGCGACUCAAAGCAAAGAAGCUCCAAAAUCCUUAAGUAUCACUUUAAAUACCGAUCUGACAAGAUAAAUAAAUAAAUAAACAAAAGCAAAACAAACAAACAAAAAAAACACCCUGAAAUCAUAGAAUCAUAGGAUGAUUAAGGUUGAAAAAGACCUCCAAGAUCACCAAGUCCAACCCCAACCCAUCCCUGCAAUGCCUGCUAACUAUGUCCUUCACUGCCACGUUUCCACUGCAGGAUCAUCCCGGGUACCAAAGCAGCACUGGUUUUGCUGAUAAACUCAUGCUAAUUCACUCUCAACAGCCGUGCUGCCCCAAAUCCUUGAAACCCACAACUCUACGUGUUCUGCUGAGCACAGAGCACACAGGUGACCAUCAGCCCUGGUUCAGGAAUGAGGCAAUGGUGAACAGAGGAAAAGACAUCCCAGCUCCCUCCUGUGAGGCUGCUGAAGGGGACUCCUCUACACAUCAGCAUCCAGCUCUGCCUGAUGACACCACAGAUCAUAAUUCCAGGCUCCACCUGGCAUCUCCACUUCCUACAGGAGAGGGCAUCUCACCUGCUAUGGCUCACAAACUCAUUACUGCAGUGCUCAAAGUGCGAGGCCCUAAAGGGGCAAUCAGGCAGCUGAGAUGUUGCAAAACCUUUGGCUCACUCCCAUUCCUGGGAGGACAGGGAGGAAGGAGGAGCAGCAGUGGCCACCGCUGCCACAGGACGAAGGCGCGGGCUAUGACAGCUGCGCUGCACCUCCAUAGGCACAGGCUGUCCCGCAUCACCCCCUGCCUCUACCUCAGCGAUGGUGUGGCUGCAGGCAACGCACAGCUCCUGGCUGCCAACCACAUCACCACCGUCAUCAACGUCUCCCUUGAGUUGGCCAACAUGCUCCACCCCGGCAUUGAGUACCUACGCAUCCCGGUGGCUGACAGCCCCACUGCCCGCAUCUCUGCCUGCUUCAAUUCUGCUGCCGACUUGAUCCGCAGUGUGGGUGAGCGUGGGGGCCGCACGCUGCUGCACUGCGCAGCUGGGGUGAGCCGCUCGGCCACCGUCUGCAUAGCCUACCUGAUGAAGCACCACGCCAUGUCACUGGCCAGUGCCCAUGCUUGGGUCCGGUCGUGCCGACCCAUCAUCCGGCCCAACAACGGCUUCUGGCGGCAGCUCAUCCACUACGAGUAUUUGCUGUUCGGCAUCAACACCGUCCACAUGGUCCACUCGCCCUUUGGGAUGAUACCUGACAUUUAUGAAAGGGAAGCGAGGACGCUGAUGUUCUGAGUGUGGCCCAGAUGGGAACCAGGGGAAGUAGAAGGCGGAGCUGCAGCAGAGUUCUGAAAUAAACUCUCGUUGUCUGGCA